AUGGUCACCACCAAACAGAGACCCCCAUUCCGUGCCGAGCACAUGGGAUCCCUGCUGCGCCCCAAGGCAUUGAGUGAGAAGCGCAUCCAACUCGACAGCGUCAAGGCGCUGGAAAUCGUUCGAGACAAGGAGUUGCACACGUUAGAAGACGAGGCCAUCAACGAAAUUGUCAAAGUGCAGCUAGACAUCGGCUUCCAUGCUAUUACCGAUGGCGAAUAUCGCCGCCACCAGUUUUGGGGCACCUUCUUCCCCAACUUGGAGGGCUUCGAGGAGAUUCAGAACCCGGAAUGGGAUAUGUUUCGGCCUUAUGUGCCCGACACAGCCGCGUUCACCGAAACCGGCCACAAACCCGGCGAAUCCAUCGUCUGCACCGGCAAAAUCAAGCACGCGGGCAGCGCCUACAUAUCAGACUGGGAGUACCUCAAGUCACUCGUGCCCGCGGAACGGGUCAAAGAGCUAAAAGUUACCCUUGCCGCCCCCGAGUGGUACCACCUACGGUACAAAAAGGGGCGGGCGUACCCGUCGUCCGUCUAUGCGAACGACGAAGAAUACUUUGCCGACAUUGCGGCCGCGUACCGAACCGAGCUGCAAAUCUUGUACGACGCCGGAUGCAGGAACGUCACUAUUGAUGAUCCAAACCUGGCUUACUUCUGCUCCGAAAAAAUGCUCGCCGGCUUCGAAGCCGACAACGAAUCCGCUCCCGCCCUACUAUCCUCCUAUAUCCGCCUCUACAACUCCUGCAUCUCCUCCCGCCCGGCCGACAUGCACCUAGGCAUCCACCUCUGCCGGGGCAACUUCGCCUACAGCAAGCAUUUCUCCGAGGGCGGGUACGACCGUAUCGCCUCUUCCCUCUUCAACGACAUCGCCGCCGACACCUACUUCCUCGAGUACGACACGGAACGCGCAGGGUACUUCGCUCCCCUGAAGGAACUCCCCGCAGAUAAGAAUGUCGUGCUGGGGCUUAUCACGAGUAAAUUUGGUGAAUUGGAGGAUCUGGGGGCGAUGAAGAGAAGGGUGCACGAGGCGGCGGAAGUGGUGGCAGAAGCCGUGGGACAGAGUAGAGAGGAGGCGUUGAAACGGAUGGGGGUUAGUCCGCAAUGUGGGUUUGCGAGUCAUCAUUUGGGGAAUUCGGUUAGCAGGGAGGAUAUGAUUAAUAAGUUGAAGUUGGUGAGGGAGUUGGCGGACUCGAUUUGGCCGGGCGAGCCGUGA